UACUAGAUUUACCGCCCACCACAUUUACACCCACCCCAUUUAUAAAACGUACUAGAUUUACCGCUUUUUGGCAGGUGAAAACUCAGGUUUGGUACGUUUGUAGAAGAAUUCUCAGAAAAAGUUUAUAUCUUUUAUGUACCUAGAUUACAAACAAUAACCUCUGCAAAUUGUGUGUUAUUACAUGCAGCAUUAAGAGAGAAAUCUCGAAAAAAAAAUCGCUAUCCGGGGCUUUCGGCCUUACUACAUUUACCGUUGACAUCAAAACAGACAAGAUGAACAGUAUCAGCGCUGAAUGCCAAGAACUCAAAGAAAAGUAUGAUGCAUGUUUCAACAAAUGGUUCUCGGAAAAAUUCCUCAAAGGGUACACAAAAGACGAAUGUGCUCCGUUGUUUGAAGUUUACCAAGAUUGUGUAAAGAAAGCAGUGAAGGAACACAAGAUUGAUCUCUGGGAAUUAGAAAAGCCAGUGUUAGGAACAUGUAAUGAGAGAAAGGAUCCCAGCUGAUUCUGAUGAAAUUGGUGUUUGAAGUUCCAAUACAAGCAGGAAAUGCUUAAACUAUCCAAAACUGUAUUCAAAGAGCAUAGCUGAUGAUCAUACAAGAGACAGUGCUAAAUUAAUAAGUUAGAAAGGAAAGUGCACCAUUCCCGGUUUCUUUGAGAUGAGAUGUGUGUGUGUAUGUGUGUGUGUUUGUGUGUGUAUGUGUAUUCCUCCUGAAGAAAUAAAGAUACUAGUUGAGUUUACUCAA